AUGGCCGACGAAAGCCAACAACGAGCCGUGAACACGGCAUUCGCACCCCCGCCUCCUUUAUGGAAACACUUUACGCGCGAGAAUCUCGACAAGCUGGACAAAAUCAAAGCCGAAGCUUCCAAGGGCGAAGAUGGACGGCCGAAUAAGAAGAAGCACUGGACUUCAGCGGAAUUGCGCGCUCUGGAAUUGCCUUCAGAGCUCCGGUACCUCGUGCCGCCCGGUAUGCCUGAGGGGCAAUACAGUGUCUUUGGCGAGUUGCAGACCCUAUCGACGACAUUGCCAUCAUUACAAGAACAAGGAAUCGAACAGCUCUACCCAGAACCCUCCACCGACGCAGAACAGGAUUCCUCACAGCCCUCACCUCCUCUCAACCACGCAUACUACCUCCUCAAGAUCAGCAAGUCCCUGCUGCUUAACUUCUUAGAGUUUGUCGGCAUACUAUCGGUAGCGCCAGAGCAAUUUGAGGCUAAGGUCGAAGAUCUGCGCAACCUGUUCAUCAACGCGCACCAUCUUCUCAACCUUUACCGUCCCCAUCAAGCCCGCGAAUCACUCAUCAUGAUGAUGGAGGAGCAGCUCAAACACAGUCAAGAAGAGAUAAACCAAAUGGAUAAGGUCAAGGCCGAGGUUGAGGGCGUCCUUGAGCAGUUACAAGCGGAGGGCCUAAGUGCAGCUAGGUCGAAUAAUGACAGUGACCAAGCCAAAGCGCUGAAAGAAAAGGCCGAUGCACACUCUCGGUUGAUCUGGGAAUUGCUGGACCAGGAAGACUGA